ACUCAGCUUCCUGUUUGUGUCGGCCUUGAGAUACUAGCAGAUAGAAGAGCAGCUGCUGGCAAUACUUCAUCUGUUCCAGUUCCAGCCCGUGUUCAAAAUAGAAACGAAUCUCGGGAUCUGCCUCAAAAGCCUCAACACCAGAACAAUAAACCAGCGCCGGCCACAAACACAGAAAACGGUUUCUUAACCAGGUUCACGAGAAACGCAAGCCUGGUAGCAUCAGGGGUGAUGAAGAACAUGAAGAGAGUUGGUAACUAUGUGAAAGAGACCGUGGACGAUUCCUUGGACCCAUAUCGAAAGCGACCAAAAUGAAGAAACCUUUUUACAUUAGAUGUGGAGAGAGACAAAUCCAAAAAACGAAAAGAAAAAAAAAAAGCACAGGUGACAGACGACAGGAUAUGAAUCUUAUUUUGACACUUUUUGGAUUCUCUCAAAUUAUCAAAAAUAAAAGCAACAACAAAAAAAAAAAUGGCUGUAUUGAUAUCUUUAAGCAGGCCAUUCCCCAAAGUGAUUAGUUCUGGCUACGAGAACAUUAACGUGUACACCUUCUUCAGUUUUGGUUUACUGAUAAUAUUCAUAUGCAA